AUGCCCGUUAACAUAAGGACCCUCUCUGAGGCUGAAACAUACCGAUACCUGGGUAUGUCACAAAACAUGUGUAUCAAUGAGGCUGGCAUGAAACAGUCAGUUCGUGAAGUGUUUUUUGCACGCCUGACAAAGGUGUUUAACAGCCAUUUGUCAGGCGUGAACAAGGAACGCGCAUUUAACGGCUGGGUCAUGCCAGUCCUCAUGUAUACCUUUGGCAUACUCAGGUGGACUCAAACUGAGCUCAAUGCCCUGGACCGAAAAGUCCGCACAACUAUGACGUCCCACAGAAUGCAUCAUCCGAGAUCGUCAGUGAUGAGGCUGUACCUGCCGCGGAAGCAUGGCGGGAGGGGCUUUUUGAGCGCCCUUACCAUGCACAAUCGCGAGGUGUGCAGCCUCCGCAACUACUUCCUGGCGAGAUCGGAUGAGUCAAUCUACACGGACGUCAUUAGUUGUGAUAAAGGACUUACCCCUCUAUCCUUAGCCAACGAGCAAUGGCAGGACCUGGGAGUACUGAGCGUUUCCGACCGAGAGGCCGUAUGGAAGGAGAAAGAGCUCCACGGGAGGUUCUACAAGGCUCUACACGAGCCUUUCGUAGAUACUGUUGCCUCCCUUAACUGGCUACGUUACGGUGACCUCUUUGGGGAAACCGAAGGUUUUGUCUGUGCGAUACAGGAUCAGGUUAUUAAGACGAACAACUAUCGGAGAUACAUCCUAAAGGAUGGCACCGUCGACAUCUGUCGAGCUUGUCGCCAUCCCGGGGAGUCGCUUCGGCAUGUUAUCUCCGGUUGUUCCAUGCUUUCUAACUCUGAGUAUCUGCAUAGACACAACCUAGUAGCCAGAAUCCUACACCAGGAGCUCGUUCUGAAAUACGGUCUCGUGGAACGGAAACUGCCGUAUUAUAAGUACUCUCCGGAGGCCGUGCUCGAAAAUGACCGCGCCAGGCUCUAUUGGGACCGGUCCAUCAUUACGGACAGGACGAUUGUCGCGAACAAACCUGAUAUCGUGUUGAUGGACCGGGCACAGUCGCGGGUAUUUUUGGUCGACAUUACCAUUCCA